AUGAUUCGUUUUAAUAACGAAACCCUUAAGCCACUCGGGCAAUUUUUAAUUUUUCCUGAAAUUAUUGAAGAAGGUUUACCGAACGUGAGCGUGAGAAAUGAUGCAAUGAUUGAUUCAAGUCAAGCCGAUAUUUUAAUUCAAUAUCUCGAAAAAAAUACAAAUUUGGAAUUAGAUUUUUCUGAUAAGUAUGGAGUUAGAUAUCAAAGCCUGAAAUUUCCGCACCAGGACAACAUUUUUUCAACUUUCCUAGUAAAUUUACCCCCUUAUAUAUUGGAUUCUGAAACAAGCUUUUCUUCACCAUAUAUAGCCGGCAUAGCAGCAUUAUAUAUUGAAGUAUUUGGAAAACCACAAUCUUACGAACAACUAAAAGUUGCAUUCAUGAAUAAUGCUGUUCCUUAUAAAGAUCGCAAUAUUUUACUAGCUCCGGUAGUUAUCCAAGGCGCAGGAUUCGUCGACGCUUUUAAAUUGUUGAAAGCAACCAGCUUUAAAGGAGAUGAAUAUAAAUUAUCACACUUGCCAGCUCCAAGUUUUAAUGGAUAUAAUAAAACUUUUGUAAGAAAUUAUUUAAACUUGGAAUAUUUUCCAAAACAAGAACAAUGUGCUGGCGUUGAAUUUGAUUAUAAUCAAAUUGCUGUGCCGCCUAAAUCAAAUGUUGAGGUUUCUGUAACAUUUACUUUACCAAAGAAAAUACCCAAGGAUUUACAUUUGUUUUAUAAUGGAUGGUUAGAAAUAAUUCCGGUAGAUGAGAACAUACCUACAAUGACCGUUCCUUAUGCUAGGUUAGCUGAUGAUGCAAGAUCGCUUCCAUUAUUUCAGACACUUCGAUUUCCUGUGCUUGUUAAUUUGAUUCGUAAUGUUAUCAGCAAAGAAGAUCCGAUUGCAACUUUCACCUUAAAACUUUUAAAUAUUACUGAUGGUACACAUGAUUAUCCAUUUGAUGGGUUAAAUAUUUUACUGGGGAUUAAAUAUCGAAAAAAACCAAUAGUAUUUAUAGUUCAUUUGGAUGGACUUAUUCAUUAUAAUCUUGAUAAUAUGACAGGACCUGGUUCGCCUGCUCCUGAUGGAGAUUAUUUUAUUAGAAUUAAAGCGUUAAAAAUGUUUGGUGAUAUUAAUAACGAGAAGUAA